CACAACACAUCUGCAAUAUUUCUAUUUCAAUCUCCAUAAUUUUUCCUCUACCGACCGACGUUCAUACAUCAAAAAUCUCCUUCUCUACAUUGAAUACUAUCUGUUCUUCAAUCUGAAUAAUUUUACUACUUUCUCUUCCCAAUCAAUCCAUAUUUGUUGUAUUUCUCCUUUUUCUUAUAUCUAUUCUCUGUUUUUUUCUUCUUUUUGUUUUAUUUUUAUCUCAAUUUGUUGCUGCUUUAUUCGAGGCUGAUUGUAACCACGUUCCUUGAAGGCUCAAGCUGUUGAAUUAUUCAGAUUUCGGAUGCUAAUGAGAGGAUGAUGAAUCAAGGAAGCACUACUAACACGAUGGCCACUUUGGAUCCCAGUCCACAGGAGAAUCAUCAGGUUGUCGAUGCAAACCAACAUCACAUGUCUUCAUAUUACGCCGCUCCAAAUUCUACAGUCACACCAUGGGCUCAUAGUGCAGAUAGCUACGCCAGAGAAAAUGGAGUUCUCUCACAUUCUGGUUAUGAUCAUGAUCAACGAGCUGUGCCGCCUCCAAGGAAUGUUCAAGAUGGAUUGAAUGUUGCAACUAGUGCUACUACACCAAGUUCCGGUGAUACAAAUGUACAGCAAGACUAUAGUAGCUAUACCACCUAUCAAAGUACUGAUCCUUAUGGCUACAGCAAUACAGGAUAUGCUGCUUACUAUAGUGACUAUCAACAGCAAUCUAAUCAAUCAUAUUCUCAGCCAUCAGGAGGAUAUCAAAAUACAGGUGAUAAUGGCUAUCAACAGCAAUCUAAUCAAUCAUAUUCUCAGCCAUCAGGAGCAUAUCAAAAUACAGGUGAUAAUGGCUAUCAACAGCAAUCUAAUCAAUCAUAUUCUCAGCCACCGGGAGCAUAUCAAAAUACAGGUGCUCCUUAUCAGCCCCUUUCCUCAUUUCAGAAUACUGGGUCUUAUGCUGGGCCUGCAAGUUAUUCAAGCACUUACUACAAUCCUGGUGAUUACCAGACAUCUGGAGGUUACACAAGUGGUGCUUACAAUAACCAGACCAAUGUAUGGCAUGAAGGGCAAUAUGCAGCAUACACUUCCCAUCAGUAUCCCAGCUACAGUUCUGAUACGAAUGCCGCAUACAGUUCGACCACAGCCCCUGCAGCUUCCCAGUAUCAGCAACAGUACAAGCAAUGGGCCGAAUAUUACAACCCUACACAAAAUGAUGUCACCUGUGCUCCUGGAACAGAAAAUAUUUCUGUUUCUAAUGUUUCCAGUCUGAGUUGCCCCGUCCCUGCUGGAUACUCAGCUUCAGGUGUCCAAGCCUCGGCAUCUUAUGCUCCACCUGGCAAGCCAGAACCUGGUUUGUCCGCAUUGGCUGCGGUGCAGUCUCCUGCUGUAGGUGGCACUGUUCAUGAUAGUUACUGGAAACAUUGGGCUCCCUCUUUCCAAAAUCAGCAGCCUGAUCCAGUACAGUCUUAUGGUCAAAAGCCUUUAGACGUGACCCCUUCUCAUGACAAUCUUCGUACUCAACAAAGUUCUUCAUGUCCGCAAGGACCAAGCACACAAUAUCAGCCCUCUUAUCAGAUGCCCCAUAGUUAUCAGUCAUCCUUGCCCACUGUACAGCAAACUGUUACAUCAGCAGACACGAGCAGUGCAAGCAAACUACAGAUUCCCACAAACCCUAGAAUAACUCCAACCUUGACCAUGGGAUUACCAAAGCUGGAUAAGCAAAGCUAUACAACUAAUGCAGCGGCGAAACCUGCAUACGUCAGCGUUUCCUUACCAAAAACUGUUGAAAAAGUAUCAUCUCAUGCUGCUGAUAAUGCUCUCAAGCCUGAUGCUUUUCCAAAAUCACUUCGUGGUUAUGUUGAAAGGGCUUUGGCUCGUUGCAAGGAUGAUGCUCAAAUGGUGUCAUCCCAAGCUGUCAUGAAGGAGGUUAUCAAAAAGGCAACUGCUGAUGGUACACUUCAUACGAGAGACUGGGACACUGAGCCUCUUUUCCCCAUGCCCAGUGUGGAUGCAGAUAACAAGGAAAGAGUAAUAUUCUCCGCUCCAGUUUCUUCAUCUCCAACAAGUAAAAGAAGUCCUAGUAGGCGAUACAAAAGUAGGUGGGAGCCUUUGGUAGAGGAGAAACCAACUGUUCAACCUGCAUCAGUCACUCCUGAUGCUUCUAAGUAUGGGAGUUGGAACAGACAGUUUUCAGGUGGAAAGUCAGAUAACAAGGUGAAUAAUUCGAGUCAUAUGAAAUUCUCUUUACCACAGCGGAAAACCCUCAAAGCUGAUGUCUUUAGGCCAGCUAAGAGGCAGUGUGUUGGUGACGUAAUGGAUACGGCAGAUAAUGGUGAAGCAUCCAGUGAUAGUGAUAAGGAACGUAGUCAAUCGGCCCAUAAGUCUGCUGCUGUAGUAGCGGCAGAUACUCCAGAGGAAAGAAAGAGACGUGAAAACCGAUCGAAGCGUUUUGAAAGAGGGCAUGGAAGUCGAGUAGCAAGUAAUGAUAUUCGAUCCAGAAAUGACGGAGCUGGAAAUGUGUACGCAAGAAGGGCUACUGCUUUGGUGCUUAGCAGAAACAUUGAGGAAAAUGGUAACCAUGCUGUUGAAGAUAUUGAUUGGGAUGCUCUUACUGUCAAAGGAACAUGCCAGGAAAUUGAGAAACGCUACUUGCGUCUUACUUCUGCACCGGACCCUGCAACGGUGAGACCAGAAGAAAUCUUGGAAAAAGCGUUAAAUAUGGUUCAAAGCUCUCCCAAAAACUACCUUUACAAAUGUGAUCAGUUAAAAUCAAUACGCCAAGAUCUUACGGUCCAACGCAUACGCAACGAAUUAACAGUCAAGGUGUAUGAAACACAUGGUCGAUUGGCAAUUGAAGUUGGGGACUUGGCAGAGUAUAAUCAGUGUCAGUCACAGCUAAAAACACUUUAUGCAGAAGGAAUCAAGGGAUGCGAUAUGGAAUUUGCAGCAUAUAAUUUACUCUGUGUGAUUUUGCACUCUAGUAACAACAGAGAUCUGCCAUUAGCAAUGUCUAGAUUACCAGCAGAGGCCAGAGAGAACGAAGCUGUCAAACAUGCUUUAUCAGUUCGAGCAGCUGUGUCCUCCGGAAACUAUGUUGCCUUUUUCAGAUUAUACAAGAUAGCUCCUAACCUUAACACUUGUCUUAUGGAUUUAUAUGCUGAAAAAAUACGAUAUGCGGCUGUUAGAUGUAUGUCUCAUUCAUAUCGUCCUACUGUUCCAGUCACCUACAUUGCUCAGGUUUUAGGCUUCACAAGUGUCUUAUUGACAACUGAAGAAAGUGAGGACGCAGAUGGGGUGGAGGAUUGUAUGGAAUGGCUGAAAGCCCAUGGUGCAUGCCUCACUUCCGAUAAUUCUGGAGAGAUGCAGUUUGAUGCAAAGGCAUCUGUGUCAAGUCUCUACAUGCCAGAACCUGAAGAUGCUGUGUCACAUGGAGAUGCCAGUCUCGCAGUUAAUGAUUUUUUGACACGAAAUCCGGUAUAGGAAACCUCGUUCUCUUGCUUAUGAUGGUGGGGAUCCAAUACUAGGAGAAUGCUUCUGCUCCAGAUAGAUGGUGGAAGUAACUCCAGUUCUGGGUAUUCAUACAGGAACUCGACAAGGUUCGUUGCAUUAUUACAAUACUGAGUCGGAUAACUGUAAAUCAUGUGCGGUAGCAGCAGCUGCUAUUUCUACUGGUGUCCGGGUGUAUGAGUGGUGGCUCAAUCCUGUGGUUUAAUCUCUGAUUGGAGAGUUCUUGAUUCUUUCAUGGAUACAGCUAAUACAUAGAGAUAGAGGGACCAUAAUCAUAAGGGACAGCUGCACCGUACUGUAGUUUGGAUCCAGAGUAGAUGUAUUUGUUUACAUAGCCUGCAGUUGUAAGAUAGGUGAUUCAAUAUUUCGCCAAUUUUGUUGAUACACUUGUUGGAAUUUGGCAACCUUAAUAAUACCACUUUAUAUUAUUCAUGCCUUUUUCUGUU